AUGGCACAUAGUCCUCUAGCGACGUCGACGACCGAUCCCCGCUCGACAGAUACUGAGAGAGGCCAUGAUCUUUUUACGUCGAGUCGUGGGACACAUUCGGAACUGUCACCAGGUAAACAGACAGCCAUGACAAACCAGGGUACUGUCGCGGUUCAGCCGGUAGAUAAAAGAAGUUUGGACUACCUAAUACGAAGCGGUUUAGCUGGAGGACUGGCAGGAUGUGCUGCAAAAACGAUAGUCGGGCCCUUGGAUCGGGUCAAAAUCCUUUUUCAGACGUCGAACCCCCAAUUCGCGAAAUAUUCAAACAGUUGGUUUGGUGUUGCUUCAGCCAUGAAAAACAUCAAUGAUACUGAAGGUGUUCGCGGCCUAUUCAGAGGCCACUCGGCUACUCUACUUCGAAUAUUUCCAUACGCCGCUAUUAAAUUCAUAGCCUACGAGCAGAUCCGUGCCGUCAUAAUACCCUCCAAGAAACACGAAACGCCCUUCCGACGACUGAUUAGCGGUAGUUUAGCCGGUAUCACGUCUGUAUUUUUCACAUAUCCCUUAGAACUUAUUAGAGUGCGGCUAGCGUUUGAAACAAAGCAACGAUCCAAAUCGUCCUUGCGAAAUAUCUUCACCCAAAUUUAUCAUGAAGGGAGCUCCGCUGCUGCCUCUACCGAGGGAGCCGCAUCUACUACGGCUGCUGCGGUGGAGAAAGUCAAACCCCGAUAUGGGCUUGUGAACUUCUACCGUGGAUUCUCACCCACGAUGGUCGGCAUGCUGCCGUACGCAGGCAUGUCUUUCCUCACACAUGACACAGUUGGCGAUUGGCUUCGUCAUCCCAGUAUAGAGAAAUACACCACCAUCCCACGCUCUGGCAAAGACACCCCGCAUGGCCACGAACAAACACGAUCUCAUAGACCGCAACUAACUGCCACAGCUGAGCUGUUUUCUGGCGCCGUUGCAGGACUCAUAUCGCAGACAUCCUCAUAUCCAUUAGAAGUUAUCCGACGACGAAUGCAGGUUGGAGGUGCAGUUGGUGACGGACAUGUUCUCGGCAUACGAGAGACGGCCCAGAAGAUAUUCCUUGAACGUGGAUUCAAAGGGUUCUUCGUUGGUUUGACUAUCGGCUACAUGAAAGUCAUACCUAUGGUAGCCACGAGCUUCUUUGUCUAUGAGAGAGGAAAAUGGUGGCUUGGUAUAUAA